CAGUGGAUGAAUACAAACUGUCAAUUCCUCCUUUCCUGUUCUACAUGGUAUCAUCUUCCUAGUUCCUUGGACACUCUCGCUUCCGCCUCCCUCUGCUCCGAUGGACAUCUUCUCCGAAGCCUCAUCCGGCAGCAGCGGCACUAACCCGUUCGCCGGCAGCGACCCGUCUUCGGUUCCCUUCCACUCCAUCCUCACUCUCAAUAUCCAGUCCGCCGUGCCCACCCUCGAGCUCGUUCCCCCCAACUACACCCUCUGGCUCUCCUUCAUGAACGCGCUUCUCCAGUCCUUCGCCAUCACCGACCAUGUCGACGGCAGCGUCGACGCACGCUCCCGUCGCUCUGAUCCCAUCUGGACGCAAAUCGAUUGGUGCAUCAUCCGCUGGCUGUACGGCUCCGUCUCCAAGGACAUCGCCGCCGCCAUCCGCGUCGACAACCCGACGGCGUACAUCCUUUGGACGGCCAUCCGCACGCUGUUCCUCUCCAACCGCACCCAGCAAGGUGUUCAUGCGCUCGAGGAGUUCCACUCCCUUUUCCAAGGGCACCUCUCGAUCCAGGAGUACUGCACCCGGCUCAAGACGAUCGCCGACACCCUCGCCGACUGCGGUCUUCGCCAGGACGAUAAGGCCAUCGUCACCAACAUGAUCCGCGGCCUGAGUCGCAAGUUCGACCACGCCGUCGCCGUCCUCACCUACGACGAGACGAAGCAGCCGACGUUUCUUCAGGCCCGGACAUAUCUGCUGCGCGAGGAGAGCCGCCUCACUCAUCUGGCGGCGCACGACACCGCCACGGCGCUCUACGCCGGGCGCGCCCCGGCACCUCCUGCUCCCCCGGCCCCCGCGCCGGCGCCGCCGCAGGCUGCUCCUCCAUCGGGUGGCCAACGCGGCCGCAAGCGUCGCAAGGGCACUAACGGUGGUGGUCCGCCCCCGCCUGCCGCCCCCGCUGCACCUCCACGCCAGCCCGCGCCCGCGGCGUCCCCCGUCUUCAACCCCUGGACGGGCACUUUUCAGGCUUGGCCGGUGCAGCAGCGUCCUCCGGGCACCGGUGUUCUAGGGCCCCGCCCUGCGGCCUUCCGCUUCUCCGCGACAGGCUACGGCGCCCCUUCGUCUGCGCCGGGCUACGGCGCGCCACCAUCCGCGCUGGGCUAUGGCGUCGCUCCUUCCCCGACGGGUUACGGCGCCUUCCCUCCUGCGCAGUACGGCCCCUACUCCCCCGUCGGCUCGGUCCUGCCAGCCCCUGCACCAGCGCACGCCCCGACGGCUGGCAACCCAUGGGAGACGCCGGCGCUCCAGCAUGCCCUCCUCUCGAUGCAGCAGCAACCCUACUCGGGGGGAGGUGAUUGGUUCCUUGACACAUGAGCAUCUUCACACAUGGCUGCCCAUCCCGGAUCUGCAUUCCGGGACGGUGGUGCUCCGAUGUGACAGUCCUGACGAGCUCUACCCGCUUCGCAUCGCGCCUCACACCACCGCGACUGCCCUCCUCGCCGACACAACCAGCUCCACGCUCUGGCAUGCCCGCCUCGGCCAUCCCGGGCACGCCGCUUUAUCUAGGGUUUUAGCUACCUUUCCUUUCAAAUGUAAUAAAGUGCACGAACACUCAUGCCAUGCUUGUCAGCUAGGAAAACAUACUCCGACUUCCUUUUCAGGAAUCCUCCCAUGUUGCUCCCUCUCCCUUUCAUACAUUGCAUUGUGACGUCUGGACAUCUCCGGUUGUGAGUAAUUCCGGUUUUUCUUUCUUUCUUGUUGUGUUGGAUGAUC